ACAAAUGCUCCUUUAUUGCAUUCCCAUUCUCACGAAUAAAUAACCCAUUGAUAAUUCAUAUUAUCUCUCCCUCCUCAUUUAUUUUGCCCUUUCUUUUAAAAAAAUGGCACUGAGACCCAUUGAUAAUUCACUUCCAAUAGCACCAGAGAGACCCAAAAAACAUGUGAAAGUAGUUUCUGUUCCAAUUCAAAAACAAUCAGAGGUUGGUGUAAAUGAUGAAAACAAGGCUCCUUUGCCCCCAUCCACGGAUUCCACUAUUGAUUAUAUCUCUUCUGAUGAUCUCAAACCCAUUUCUGAUCCUGAAUCCAAGAUCCAAGGUUUGAUUGAAAGGUUAGAUUCAAAGGAUUGGACUAAAGUUUGUGAGUCACUGAAUAAUGCUAGGCGUUUUGCACUGUAUCAUUCCUCCCUCCUGUUACCAUUCUUGGAGAAGGUAAUGUCAGUGGUGGUAAAAGCUAUGAAGAACCCGAGAAGUGCUUUGAUCAAGACCUCUAUUAUGGCUUCAUCUGAUAUUUUUUAUGCCUUUGGUGACCAAUUACUUGACUCUACUAGCGAUGCAUUUGAUAGUUUGCUAUUGCAGCUGCUGCUUAAAGCUUCUCAAGACAAAAAGUUUGUGUGUGAAGAAGCUGAUAGGGCUUUGAAUGCAUUGGUGAAAUCCAUGACUCCUCUGCCUUUGCUUAAUAAGCUUAAGCUAUAUGUUAGCCAUGUCAACCUUAGAAUCAGGGCCAAAGCUGCUAUAUCCAUCUCCAACUUUGUGUCUAAGAUGGAGUUGGAAGGAAUGAAUGAGUUUGGUUUGGUUUCUUUGGUUCAAGUGGCUGCAGAUCUGUUGAAUGAUAGGUUGCCAGAGGCAAGAGAGGCGGCAAGGAGAAUUGUGAUUUCUAUAUAUGAAGCAUAUACAGGAAAUGAAGAGCAGAAGCAGGAGGAAUGGCAAAACUUUUGCCAAUCCAGUUUGCCACCUAUUCAUGCUCAGUCUGUUGUCAAAAUUACAUCUAGUUCUCGUUAGAUUUUAUGUUAAACUAUAUCAGCAAGGGUGUUAGAACUAGGAUUGUUUUAACUAAUCAGAACUUCAAUUGCAUGCAUGUAUAUUUACAUGAUUCGAAGAUUACUGUUCAGGUGA